GCAGGCCUGUGUUCCGUCUGUCUGUGUGCAGGGAAGUCGUCUCUGGGCGUGGUUCUUUUCAGGCUGGUUGAGCGCUGUGGAGGCUCAAUCCUGAUCGAUGGUGUUGAUAUCAGUGACAUCGGUCUGGCCGACCUCCGGAGUAAGCUGUCAAUUAUCCCCCAAGACCCAGUGCUGUUCAGUGGGACUAUCAGGUCUAAUCUGGACCCUUUUAAGCAGUACAAUGAGGAGCAGAUCUGGGACGCUCUGAGUAGAAGUCACAUGAAGGAGAGUGUGUCCCAGCUGCCCCUGAAGCUGGCGUCAGAGGUGGUGGAGAACGGAGAGAACUUCUCAGUUGGAGAGAGACAGCUGCUGUGCGUUGCCCGAGCUCUGCUCAGACAGUGCAAGGUCCUGAUACUUGACGAGGCGACCGCCGCCAUGGAUGCAGAGACGGACGCUCUGAUCCAGGAGACCAUCAGGACGUCGUUCCAGGACUGCACCACCCUGACCAUCGCUCACCGCCUCCACACCGUCCUCGCCUCAGACCGCAUCAUGGUGCUCAACAAGGGACAGGUGGCAGAGUUUGACGAGCCGUCCAAGCUGCUGGCCAAUGAGAACUCUCGACUGUGCUCGAUGCUCACUGCCAUGGAAAACAAGAUCUCAGUCCGAGGAUGAAGACGAGGAAGAGGAAGGAUCACAACGUGCUCGCUUCUGAUGAGCUGGCAGCGUGUGAUUGGACAGAAGAGUUUAAUAGCACAUGCUGGAUCAGUCUAUCAGUGACUGUAAACUCUGAGUGGAGUUUGAAUGAGAUGAUGACAGGAAGUGACCAGACGUCUCCUGACUUUUACCUGACCUUGCUGGAGAACGCCAAGAGGUCGAGGAAAGGUGUGAAGGAGAGUAAACAAGGAGCUGAGAGAGUGUGUCAGACUUAAACCUUCUUUAAAUUCAUACAACUAUUAUUAAGUUCUGUUAGCAGUCACAUGGAGCCCUUUCAAAGUAAACAUCAGACAGUUUCAGCUCAAUCACGUCUUUAUAUCCAAUCCGCUCAUGUUCCUUUUUUCAUGUCAGGUCUACAGGUCUACAGGUGUACUGGUCUACAGGUGUACUGGUCUACAGGUCUACAGGUGUACUGGUCUACAGGUGUACUGGUCUACAGGUCUACAGGUCUACAGGUGUACUGGUCUACAGGUGUACUGGUCUACAGGUGUACUGGUCUACAGGUCUACAGGUCUACAGGUGUACUGGUCUACAGGUGUACAGGUCUACAGGUCUACAGCUGUACUGGUCUACAGGUCUACAGGUCUACAGGUUUACAGGUCUACAGGUCUACAGGUGUACUGGUCUACAGGUGUACAGGUGUAUAAGUGGAAAUCACUAAAAAAAGACAUGCAGACACCUGGAGACACAUUUUCAUUAUGUUUAAAGUUCAAAUAUCAGAUGAACAGAAAAUGUUCAGUUCAGGUAUGAGUCUCUAAAAAAUGUAAAUAAAUCAGAGCAAUAAGUGAGAUCCUUUAACCUUAACCUCAGGGGAGUCCUGCAGGUGUAUAAUCUCUUCUUCUUCUCUUUUUAAAAUGUGUUUAAAAUCUAUCUUUUCUGUGUGUGUGUGUGUUAUAUUUCUUCAUGAUUGAUUUAAACACAGACAGACGAUUAGCUGACUGUUCCUUUAUUUUGUGAAACUCUGACAGACUUCCUGUUUAUAUAAGCUGAAAUAAACCCACCAGGUGGGUUGGUGGGUGUGUGUGUGUGUGUGUGUGUGUGUGGGGGGGGGGGGG